AAACAUAGACCACCUGAAAAAUAUUCAAGAUAAGAGGUAACCAGAGGAGAAAACUGUCAAUGGUCAUCAUCACAAACUCAUUUUAAGAGAGAGGAGAUCGAUAUGGCGCUGAGAGAGUUAAAAGUUUGUCUCCUGGGGGACACUGGCGUUGGAAAGUCGAGUAUUGUUUGGAGAUUUGUGGAGGACAGCUUUGAUCCAAACAUCAACCCAACAAUUGGGGCAUCCUUCAUGACCAAGACAGUGCAAUACCAAAACGAGCUGCACAAGUUCCUGAUCUGGGAUACGGCAGGACAGGAGCGGUUUCGUGCUCUAGCACCAAUGUACUACAGAGGUUCAGCUGCUGCCAUCAUUGUUUAUGACAUCACGAAAGAGGAAUCCUUCCAAACACUGAAGAACUGGGUGAAGGAGCUGCGCCAGCAUGGUCCUCCUAAUAUAGUGGUCGCCAUCGCUGGCAACAAAUGUGACCUGUCAGACGCCAGGGAAGUGCCAGAGAAGGAUGCCAAGGACUAUGCUGACUCCAUCCAUGCCAUCUUUGUAGAAACCAGUGCCAAGAAUGCCAUUAACAUCAACGAGGUGUUUAUAGAGAUAAGUAAGCGCAUCCCCGUUGCAGACGCAGCAGGAGGACCUUCAGGAAAAGGUUUCAAACUGGGACGACAGGCCUCAGAGUCUCGCAGGACGUGCUGCUGAUGAUGCCGGAUAUUUUGAUCAUCACUUGCCCCUGAGAAUGAUGAAAAUCUCAUCUGUGUGAUGAGAACAACUGCACCAUCCACAUCUCCCAGUGAUGGUGCUUUAAUCAGGGCUGAAAAUGCUUAUUCUGUUGCAGUCUUCAAGUUUUUUAUUAUAUGAUAACAGUUCCAGUUGCUCACAUGUGCUCCACACUUCCACUUGUAAUUACUGAAGGUAUUAAAUUAAUCAUGCAUAUGAAGUUCCCCAUAGUGCACACAGUAUACUGUACUAUACUGUGUAAUAUUGUCUCACAAUAUUCCUUUAGCUUUAUUUUUCUCUAAUCUUAUUUUAACUGUUCACUGGUGAGCCCGUCAGUCCUCAUUCCUUUGCUGCUACUUUACAACAGUUUUACAGGGGAGGCUGAUAUUUGUGAGGUCUUGCCAAAUUCUUUAAGUGUCCCAUAAACAAUUUUCAUCUUUCCUUUUUUUUCACAUAAUCAGCAGUGGCUCGCACAUGCAAUGUUGUUUUACUACCUGGCCUGCGAUGAAAACAGUGAGAUCUGGAAACUAGAUAUCGUUCAGAGGAAACUCCGAUUUUUGAGCUUAAAUUUCCCCUCAGCAGAAUGUUUAUAGGUGAAGAAUUAGACGUGGCACUGUGUCGACAUGCUGACCCCUUAAUGAACCUUAGUCUCCAUUCUGUUCCAAGGUCUGAUUUUCCUUUCUUCCAACUUCUUUUGCCUCAUUCCUCCAAAUUCCAGGCACUUAUCGUAGGUCCAGCUUUCACUUUGUUUCAAAUACACAGUACCACAGCUUUCAUAGAGCUCUAUCAUCCCCUCUUACAUUCAUGAAAAUCAUUACUACUCUGUGAUCCUUGCUAUGUUACAAUUGUUUCAUUUACCUCUUGUAUUGGCCUAAUUGAACUUCAGUAGCAGUUGACUCAUGAGCCCCCACAGACUUAUUAAUUCUGUGUAAUGUCAUGCUUGUCUGUAUCUUUUGAGCCCUUUUAGUCCCAACACCUCUUUGCAAAGUUGCCAAAAAAUACAGAUGUGGGCUCAAUUAGACUGCAUUUCCACAUUUAUAAAUUUGGAUUUUGUGCUUUUCUGUCAGCGCAAGCCACUUUAUUUGCCUUUAAGCAUUUUAAAUGUAUUUGUUACUGAUGCAUAUAGGCAUAGGCAUAUGCCUAUGGAGUGCAAUUGUUGUUACUAUGAGAAAGGUAAAAUGUGACCUAAUCCAAGAAAUAAGUUACAGAAUUAUUCAUUCACACAGUCGAGCACACACACUCUUGCAAAAAUGUGAUUUCAUUCCCCACAGUCUCAAACGGAUGAUAAUGACAAGUUUAUAUUGACCUCAGUUUAUGCUGAUUUGAUGACAGUUUUGCUCAUACAUAGUUGAUCAAUAACCAAAUCUCUUGUGGCAUUCGUUGUUGUCAUUGAUAAUUUACCCUGCACUACAUCAUACUGUAAUGAUAAUUUUAGCUAGUAUUUAAUAUAGCUUCAGCAAUUAUAUCAAAAAGGGAAGCACUCGGGUACUUUGAAAGCUGCACUUUGACUGACUAUUUGUAUUAACUGGCCCUUAUUACUAACUAACACUCUGUCUGCAGUCUGUUAUUAUGUCUGUGAUAUCACUAGAUGAAACAUUCUCGUAAAGGUUUCAGAUGUCCCUUGAUGUUAUUUUAGGUUUUGACUGUUUGCUCAGUUCUUAUUGCUAUGAAGAACAUGGUGCCAAAUAAUGUCAAAGCCAUUUUACUACACAUAAUUAACAAUUUUUUUAUUGUCAAUGUGAUAUAAUGAAGUGCUAAUCACAUACAUGCUUAAAAAUAUUUGAAGUUUGAUAAUUACAUGUUUUUCCCUUAUUUAGGCAUGGAAAGAAAUUGUAUGCCGGUUUUUGCAUUGAAAAAUACCAAUAGUCUUGGGCUGGCCCUGGGAAUAUGAUUAAUCCAUAUUAUGUAUAUUUUUCAGUGUAGAUAUAUACCAUCAAAUUGCACACAAAUCAAUGACUAUAUUCUAUUGUAAGCCAGUUGUGUCACCACAAUAGACCUGUACACCAUUUGCAGUAAUUCCAUCAGCAUUGUAGUUACCAUAUUUAGCUUUUUACUAUGUUUCAUAUUGAUUGUAACAAAAUGCCUGAAAACACUUGUUUGCAGUGUAUUUCCAAAUGUGUAAAAAGGGAAUUGUCAAUUUGUUUACUAAUAAAAGAUUGACAAAAUAUA